AUGUCUUCCUCAAACAAAACUUUCCAUGCUCGUUCAGUCAGUUUGCCCACCAGAUCCAACCCACUCGCUGCUGCAGUUGAGGCGCAGUUGUGCAGUUUGAGAUCUUCAGAUCUCAACUCAUCCAUCUCCAACAAAUUGGUAGAUCUUAAAGAUUUGUACGAAUGUGUUGAGGAUUUCCUUUCUACCCAAGAUGGAAAAUGCUUAGACGCGGUCUUAGAAAGAUCUGUCAUGUUGUUGGAUAUCUGUGGAACUAUUAAGGAUGUCUCAUCUCAAAUGAAGCAAUCUGCCCAAGAUCUUCAAUCAUCUAUCCGCAGGCAAUCAAAUGAAUUUGAUGCAUACAUGAGCUCUAGGAAGAAAUCCUGCAAAGUCAUCCAAAAAUGCCUUUCAGACAUUAAGAAAAACACCAACAAGAACAAUGAUCUCGUCACUGAUGUCCUAGCAGAAGUUGAAGCAAUUACCUAUGUAGUUUUUGAAUCUGUCUUGUCUUUCCUAUCUGCACCAAAGCAAAGGUCACUAGUCUCAAAGUUGACCACCAAAAGUGCAACCCAACAAGUUGUCAAUGAAGUAACCAAGGUCGAUAUCGUAUUGAAAUCCAAAGUCACUGACGCAAAAGAAGUGCAGAAGCCAUUGGCUGCCCUUGAAAUGAACCUCCAAGAACUUGAAGAUGGACUGGAAUAUGUCUUUAGGUGUCUGAUCAAGAACAGAGUUUCACUUCUUAACAUUCUUAACCAGUAG